AUGAGUAGAAUAUUUCCGUUUUCAAAUGCUCCGCUUCGGUCUGUCAAGGAAGUCCAGUUUGGUUUGCUAUCUCCUGAGGAAGUAAGGGCCAUUUCGGUUGCCAAAAUUGAAUACCCAGAAACUAUGGAUCAAGCAACCAAAAGACCUCGUGAAGGUGGUCUCAACGAUCCAAGAUUGGGCUCCAUCGACAGAAACUUCAAGUGUCAGACUUGUGGUGAAGAUAUGGCUGAAUGUCCUGGUCACUUUGGGCACAUCGAGUUGGCCAAGCCGGUGUUUCACAUUGGCUUCAUUGCCAAGAUCAAGAAGGUAUGCGAGUCCAUCUGUAUGCACUGUGGAAAAUUGUUGUUGGAUGAGCUGAACCCUUUGAUGGCACAAGCGAUCAAGAUAAGAGAUCCAAAGAAACGGUUUAACGCGGUGUGGAGUGUAUGUAAGAGCAAGAUGGUUUGCGAGACAGCCACCAACGAGGAAGAAAUGGGUGACCAUCCAACUAGAGGAGGCUGUGGACACACGCAACCAACCAUCCGUCGAGAUGGCUUAAAGUUGUGGGGGACUUGGAAGCACAACAAGAACUUUGAAGAAAAUGACCAACCAGAGCGUCGUUUGUUGACGCCAUCAGAGAUUCUAAAUGUUUUCAAGCAUAUAAGUCCAGAGGAUUGCUAUAGGUUGGGAUUCAACGAGGACUAUGCAAGGCCUGAGUGGAUGUUGAUUACUGUUUUGCCGGUACCUCCACCACCCGUUAGACCAUCGAUUGCAUUCAACGAUACCGCACGAGGGGAAGAUGACUUGACAUUCAAGUUGGCCGAUAUAAUAAAAGCCAACAUCAAUGUUCAACGUUUAGAGAUUGAUGGGUCUCCGCAGCAUGUGAUUAGUGAGUUUGAAGCAUUGCUUCAGUUCCAUGUAGCCACAUACAUGGACAAUGACAUUGCUGGACAACCCCAAGCGUUGCAAAAAACAGGACGUCCAAUCAAAUCUAUCAGAGCAAGGUUGAAGGGUAAAGAGGGUAGAUUGAGGGGUAACUUGAUGGGAAAAAGAGUGGACUUUUCUGCCCGUACAGUCAUCUCUGGUGAUCCCAAUUUGGACUUGGAUCAAGUGGGUGUUCCAAUCUCUAUUGCCAAAACUUUGACCUAUCCAGAGAUUGUAACGCCUUACAAUAUUCACAAGUUGACUGAGUUGGUGAGAAACGGUCCAAACGAGCAUCCCGGUGCAAAAUAUGUGAUCAGAGAUACUGGUGAUCGUAUUGAUUUAAGAUAUAACAAGAGAGCCGGUGAUAUUGCUUUACAGUAUGGUUGGAAAGUCGAACGUCACUUGAUGGACGAUGACCCAGUCUUGUUCAACCGUCAACCCUCUUUGCACAAAAUGUCUAUGAUGGCGCAUAGAGUGAAAGUCAUGCCAUAUUCCACAUUCAGGUUGAACUUGUCAGUAACCUCACCUUAUAACGCGGAUUUCGAUGGUGACGAAAUGAACUUGCAUGUACCACAAUCUCCGGAAACCAGAUCGGAGUUGUCACAAAUCUGCGCUGUUCCUCUUCAAAUUGUGUCACCACAGAGUAACAAACCAGUCAUGGGUAUUGUGCAGGAUACUUUGUGUGGUAUUCGAAAAAUGACUUUGAGAGAUAUAUUUAUCGAGUACGACCAAGUCAUGAAUAUGUGUUACUGGAUUCCCAAUUGGGAUGGGGUGAUUCCACCUCCCGCCAUUAUCAAGCCCAAGCCAUUGUGGUCCGGUAAACAGAUGUUGUCUAUGGCCAUUCCAAAGGGAAUUCACAUUCAGAGAUUUGAUGGGGGAAGAGAUUUAUUGAGUCCAAAGGAUACAGGAAUGUUGAUUGUUGAUGGUGAGAUUAUGUUUGGUGUUGUUGAUAAGAAAACUGUUGGUGCCACUGGUGGUGGGUUGAUCCAUACUGUGUUUAGAGAAAAGGGACCCCAGGUGUGUGCUCAAUUGUUUAGUUCCAUUCAAAAAGUUGUUAAUUUUUGGUUGUUGCAUAAUGGAUUUAGUAUUGGUAUUGGGGAUACCAUUGCUGAUGCUAGCACGAUGAAAGAUAUCACGAAAACCAUUCAGGAGGCUAAACAAAAAGUGCAGGAGAUUAUCCUUGAUGCUCAGCACAACAAGUUGGAUCCAGAACCAGGUAUGACUUUGAGGGAAUCGUUUGAGCACAAUGUAUCUCGAGUGUUGAAUCAAGCGCGUGAUACUGCUGGUAGAUCGGCUGAAAUGAGUUUGAAGGAUUUGAAUAAUGUGAAGCAGAUGGUGACGUCUGGUUCCAAAGGUUCUUUCAUCAACAUUUCACAGAUGUCUGCGUGUGUUGGUCAACAAAUUGUGGAAGGAAAGAGAAUCCCUUUUGGUUUUGCUGACCGUUCAUUGCCACAUUUUACCAAAGACGAUUACUCUCCAGAAUCAAAAGGUUUUGUUGAAAACUCGUACUUGAGAGGGUUAACACCACAGGAGUUCUUCUUCCAUGCAAUGGCAGGUAGAGAAGGUCUUAUUGAUACCGCCGUCAAGACUGCAGAGACUGGAUAUAUCCAACGUCGUCUAGUCAAAGCUUUGGAAGAUAUUAUGGUGCACUACGAUGGUACCACCAGGAACUCCUUGGGGGAUAUUAUCCAAUUCAUCUAUGGUGAAGAUGGUAUCGAUGCCACUCAAGUGGAGAAGCAAUCUGUUGACACUAUUCCAGGCUCCGAUGAGAAUUUCGAACGCAGAUACAGAAUUGACUUGUUGGAGGAAAGUGGCUCUAUUUCGGAGUCGUUGUUGGAAUCAGGCAAGGAAAUUCAAGGAGAUGUCAAGUUGCAAAAGUUACUAGACGAGGAAUACAAUCAAUUGCUCGAUGACAGAAGAUAUUUAAGAGAUGUUUGUUUCCCCAAUGGUGAUUUUAGCUGGCCAUUACCUGUCAACUUGCGUCGUAUCAUUCAAAAUGCGCAACAGAUUUUCCACAAUGGUCGUUACAAAGCUUCGGACUUGAAGUUGGACGAAAUUAUAAACGGUGUCCGCGAUUUGUGCACAAAGUUACUAGUCGUGAGAGGAAAUACCAAGUUGGCAAAGGAGGCCCAAGAGAAUGCCACUUUGUUGUUCCAAUGUUUGGUGAGGUCGAGGUUAGCUUCGCGUAGAGUCAUUGAGGAAUUCAAGUUGAGCAGGUCAUCGUUUGAUUGGGUGUUGGGUGAGAUUGAAACUCAAUUCCAAAAAUCGGUUGUUCACCCUGGUGAAAUGGUUGGUGUGGUGGCUGCCCAGUCAAUUGGUGAGCCUGCUACUCAAAUGACGUUGAACACGUUCCAUUAUGCCGGUGUUUCGUCAAAGAAUGUUACUUUGGGUGUUCCUAGACUUAAGGAAAUUUUGAAUGUUGCAAAAAACAUCAAAACCCCAGCAUUGACUGUGUACUUGGACCCGGAAGUUGCUCUGGAUAUCGAAUUAGCCAAGAUUGUUCAAUCAUCAAUUGAGCAUACUACUUUGAAGAACGUCACGUCAUCGACGGAAAUCUACUACGAUCCGGAUCCAAGAACCACUGUUAUUGAGGAGGAUUACGAUACUGUGGAGGCGUAUUUUGCUAUUCCCGACCAAAAGGUUGAAGAGAGCAUCGAAAAGCAAUCUCCUUGGUUAUUGAGGUUGGAACUUGAUCGUGCCAAGAUGUUGGACAAGCAGUUGACAAUGGCCCAAGUUGCAGAAAAGAUUUCGCAAAACUUUGGUGAGGACUUGUUUGUUAUUUGGUCCGACGAUACUGCAGACAAGUUGAUCAUUCGUUGUAGAGUGGUUAGAGAUCCAAAAGCAUUGGAUGAAGAGGCUGAUGCAGAAGAAGACCAAAUUUUGAAACGUAUUGAAGCUCAUAUGUUGGAGUCUAUUUCGUUGAGAGGUAUCCCAGGUAUCACCAGAGUGUUUAUGAUGCAACACAAGGUGAGCAAGCCAGACGAGACUGGUGAGUUCAAACAAGGUAAGGAGUGGGUGUUGGAGACUGACGGUGUUAACUUGGCCGAUGUGAUGGCGGUUCCAGGCGUUGACUCAACUCGUACCUAUUCAAAUGACUUUAUUGAAAUUUUGUCCGUGUUGGGUAUCGAAGCCACUAGAUCAGCCUUGUUUAAGGAAAUCUUGAAUGUUAUUGCGUUUGAUGGUUCAUAUGUCAAUUAUCGUCACAUGGCACUUUUGGUUGAUGUCAUGACAUCUCGUGGACACUUGAUGGCCAUUACUCGUCAUGGUAUCAACAGAUCCGAUACUGGUGCCUUGAUGCGUUGUUCUUUCGAGGAGACGGUUGAGAUUUUGUUGGAUGCUGCUGCUGCUGCAGAGUUGGAUGAUUGUAAGGGUAUUUCGGAGAAUGUUAUGUUGGGACAAAUGGCACCUUUGGGUACUGGUGCAUUUGAUGUGAUGGUUGAUGACAAGAUGUUGCAACAAGCUCCAGCCAAUGUUGCCAUGGAGGUGGUUGCUGAGGACGGGGGUGCUACGCCGUACAGGGAAGCAGAGAUGCAAGACGAUCGAAUUCAAAUCGACGAAAGCGCUGGUUUCUCUCCAAUCCAUCAGGCCCCAACUUCGGAUGGUAUGAAUGGAGGCUUGACAUCGUACGGUGGUCAACCAACCUCGCCAAAUGUCACGUCUCCGUUCAGUUAUUCCACCAGUCCAAGCUAUGGUGGAACUAGUCCAAGCUAUGGUGGAACUAGUCCGGGAUACGGCUACUCACCAACGUCGCCAAGCUAUUCACCUACAUCGCCAAGCUACUCACCUACAUCGCCAAGCUACUCACCUACAUCGCCAAGCUAUUCACCUACAUCGCCAAGCUAUUCACCUACAUCGCCAAGCUACUCCCCAACGUCGCCAAGCUACUCCCCAACUUCUCCAAGCUACUCCCCAACUUCUCCAAGCUACUCACCUACAUCGCCAAGCUACUCACCUACAUCUCCAAGCUACUCACCUACAUCGCCAAGCUAUUCACCAACGUCCCCAAGCUAUUCACCAACGUCCCCAAGCUAUUCACCUACAUCUCCAAGCUACUCACCUACAUCUCCAAGCUACUCCCCAACUUCUCCAAGCUACUCACCAACGUCCCCAAGCUACUCCCCAACUUCUCCAAGCUACUCACCUACAUCUCCAAGCUACUCACCUACAUCUCCAAGCUACUCGCCUACAUCUCCAAGCUACUCACCUACAUCUCCAUCGUACUCACCUACAUCUCCAAGCUACUCGCCUACUUCCCCUCAAUACUCGCCAACGAGUCCUCAGUACUCCCCAACUUCUCCAAGCUAUUCUCCUGGCUCCCCAGGAUACAACCCUGAGUCCCCAAAGAAGGAGGAGGAAAAGAAAUAA